AUGGCUACCAAAUACCUUGCCAUUCAAACCACCAGUCUAUUCUGUAGAGGUAAACUGGGCUUGUUCUCCUCUGUGCCGCGUUCUCUUCAGUCCGCAUCCAACGUCCAUCGUUACCUACUAUUCAUCCUGCUCACUAGAAGGAAGACAUUAACCACCAGCACAAUGGACAUCGCACCACCACGAAGAUACACAUCACCAAGCCCAUGGACACCUCCCAGCCAACAAAAAGUACGAUCCUCGACAUCAGGCAACAUCCGAAACGACGAUAUCCCAAGCUCACCUACCCAACUCCUCGCCCCAACGCAACUCAAACGAAUCUCAGAAGCCUCAGAACUCACAGACACAAGUCAAGAAGCCCUAAACAACCCACGUCCCCACUCCGCCUCAAGACUCAGCAAAAGAUUCUCCUGGGUCCCAGGCUGGAGUUUCGCCGGCGAAAAACGGCAAUCCAACCCCCCCACUCCAUCAUCCCCAGACGACAACGCCGACAACAACGAUCCCGAAAGUCCCACCGACAGCGUAAUAACCAGCAGCCGCCGAGAAUCCGUCGCGCAGCGUCUCACCCGCCGCUUCUCCUCCAUCGGCGAAAGCUGGCUCUUCCACCCGGAACCCUCGCACGAAACCAACUUCCCCCCCUCCGUCACCUUCCCCUCCUCCCCAGGAAAACCCCUCUGUCUCUCCGUCUUCGGCACCAUAGAUUCUCUCGACGGCACGGUGAUCAAACUUCAAAUUCCGAUCGGCAUCUGUCAGGCGGAUCUCGCGGGGCAGAAGGAGUAUCGGCCUGUGCUGGAGUAUAUGGGACCGAGGUUGAAGAAUGGGGAUUUGCUGGUGCGGCCGUUCAUGGCGAGGUUCAGUCGGGAUCCGAAUGUGGCGAUGGUGGUGAGGGGGGCGAUGCAGGAGUAUGUGUUCAAGUGUCAUAUUGUGGGGGUUUUUCCCAUGAGGGUUUUUGGGGAGGUGCUGCCGGUUCCUUAUGCGAUGGAUGGAGGGAGGGGUGAGUGUGGUGAUUUUUGUGAGCUUGAUAUCCAGGCGGGGAAUGUCAAUUCGAUAAUGACUUGA